AUGCUUCUCGACGGUGACGCAUCCCCACCAUCGAACGAAUACAGGUUUCCCGGCGACGGGGAUGCAACCCUAGAUCGGACCAGCACAUGCUUCAUAAUAGAUGUGAACUUACAAAUUGCUUAUCUCUCUUGGGAAAAAGGAAUCACGGAAUGGAAAGCUAUAUAUAGAAAGGAAGGAACGAAUGAGGAGGAAAGAGAUACAGAGAAUAUGGACAAGAGAGAUAGAAAGAUAACUGAGAUCUCACUUCCAAGAUGGAUGCGGUUCUUAUUUUUGUUGUCCUUAAUUUUUGAACAAAUAUUCACAGGAUGGAGCACAAUCACAUGGAGUUGCUACAAAAUCUCGCAAUCCGUUUGA